AUGAACAAAGGAACAAUGAAUAAUGAGCAGAAUGAUAAUAAAAUGCUCGAGAAUAACGAGACUGAAGAUACUCCAUCUGAGACGUCAGACAAAAAUUUGAAAACAGGGCCUGGAGUAUCUGAAAGCCCAGCAAUGUUGACAACAACUUCUCCAACUACAACGCAGUCAACAAUUACCGCAAGUCAGACGAGUGCACCUAUAACUCAGUCAAUUGCUGCUUUUAAGACGAGUACACCAACAACUCUGUCAAACACCAUUGGAAAUCCACCGAUUUUCACAACUCAAUCGAGUGACAGCAGUGGUAGUACCCCUAUCACUGAACAGACUGUACAACAAGAACUAUUACAGUUCCUGUGCAAACAGCGCGAAAACAUCGAGCUUCAAAACAAAGGUUUUGAGGCAAUGAAAACCUUGAUGAGCUUAAUUAAUAAGACAUCUGAAAAUUUAUUGAAGGCAGAACGGCUUCGAAUGCAAGGUACACGAGGUAAUUUACUUAACUCGACCGCUUUUCUAGACGAGAGUUCAACUCAUACGGGUGCUGGAAUAGAAGUUCAAUCCAGCCCGCAAGAGAUUAACAUAGAAGUAACUAAGGCUCUUAAUGCUUCGAUUACUGUUUUAAAAAGUACACUAGAAUCAAGCAAAAAAUCUCAAAAUUAUCAGGUACCAAGAAAAUAUACUCUUAAUUCAGAUAGUGAUAUCAACAUUUGGUUGGAUAAACUUAAAUCUGAAUUAUCAUCAAACGAUCUAUUAGAUGUUAUUGACCCAACGGUCAUUGGUCCUGAUAAUUUGGAUGUACAAACAAUUGCAAAAAGAAAACAAGCAGUAAGAGAAAUCAUUACUAGCCAUUUAGAUGAUAAAUACUAUAAGAGGGUUCUCACUAUAACAGACCCUAUUAUGGUAAUAACAAGUCUAAAAGAAGCUAAGAGGGUCGAAAAGAAUGUCACUCACACUUCUGUUAGAACGAAGCUGUACGGAAUGAAAUUGAAACCAAAGGAGAGUAUUGAUGAGUUCUGGAAUAAAUUCGACAACACCAUCGUUGAAUAUGAGAGCUGUGAUAACGCAGUACCUCUGACAGAUGAAGAGAAACGGUCAGCUUUUUACCAAGCUGUCAGUAAAGUAAUUCCAGAAGCUCGAACUGCUGAUUUAUUGCAUCGGCAAUUUAAAGGCAGAUCAAUGACUCUGGUUGAGUUGAGGUCUCAUUUGCUACAGCUUGAAGCUGAGAAGAAGUCUGAAACUUCUCAAGAACAAGAUGCGUGUGCAAACCAAGCAAAACGGUUUAAAUCACACCAUGACAACUGUUAUAGAUGCAAUAAGACGGGUCACUACGUCAAACAGUGUCCUUUAGCAGCAACUAGUGAAUGGUACUGUUAUAUUUGUAAAGUGAUCACUGAUCACAAUACAAAUUCUUGUCCAAAAAAUGAGGACAGUCAAAAUUCAGGCAGGUCUGACUACAGACGUGGUCGUGGUAGAGGUAGAGGUAGAGGUGCUUUUAGAAGAGGUACGUUCUUCAAAGGAGGUUUUGGUGGCAAAUCCAAAGAAUACACCAAAUCCAAGCCGAAAACGUUCAAAAAGCAAGCAGCCCCACCAAAGGAUGGAGAUAAAAAGAAACCACAAGCACGACAAGCAGAUAUUUAAUAUUCAGUCUUAGCAGAGUGCGCAGCGGAGAAAACCAAAGGAAUUCAAGGACCAUGUUCUUAAUUGGAACUUUACUUUUCAUUAAUAUUUAAUAUUAGAUGUGUUCAUGAUCGUUAAUCGAUUUUAGAUGUAAUUAUGAAACUAUAUGUUAUUCAUUAUAUUUAAAAGAUGUAUGUGCAAAGGGAGGGAGUGUCAGAAAUAGUUUACUUUGCGACAUACAUGAGGCACCAUCUAUUAGACGUUUAAAGUAAUUACUAGUCCUCUAGAGUAGUCUCUUACAUUGUGACAUACUCACUCUUGAAUAUAGCUCUGUACCGAUCACACGUACAUCUAGAAGUUCUGUGUACAAGACAUAAUAA